CUGCCUUAAAUUUUAACUUGUUUAUUGCAGUGGAUUUCCAGUUAUUUGGCAUAAAGAUGUUCUAUAUAAUAUUUUAACAUUAUUAAGUAAAUAAACAAGAAACACACCUAGAGCUUGACUUUGAUUGUUGCAAGUGGUAACAGUGGGGGGGAAACACGGCACUGAUCUUCUAAAGGUGGAAUGGAUUAUCAAGUCCCUGGGGCCGUUCUCAAUGGAGAAAUACCUGCACAAGCCACUGGGGAGAAGAAGAAAAAAGAGGCAGCAGAUCAAAUGUUAGAGCGAGGCCAUUGGAACAACAAACUAGAAUAUGUGCUGUCCGUGGCCGGGGAAAUCAUUGGUUUGGGGAAUGUCUGGCGAUUCCCUUACCUUUGUUACAAGAAUGGUGGCGGUGCCUUCUUCAUCCCCUAUCUCAUCUUUCUUUUCACCUGUGGGAUCCCAGUAUUCUUCCUGGAGACAGCGCUUGGGCAGUACACCAGCCAAGGAGGGGUGACAUCUUGGAGGAGGUUGUGUCCUCUCUUUGAAGGAAUUGGUUAUGCUUCCCAGGUGAUUCUGGUACUCUUGAAUUUCUAUUAUAUUAUAGUCCUGGCUUGGGCCUUGUUUUACCUCUUCAGCUCAUUUACCAUAAAUCUUCCAUGGGGCAGCUGUGACCAUGAAUGGAAUACAGAGAAUUGUGUGGAAUUCCAGAAGAGAAAUACUUCUCUAAAUUUGACUGCAGAAAAUGCUACCUCUCCUGUCAUUGAGUUCUGGGAGAGAAGAGUGCUGCACAUUUCAGAUGGCAUAGAACAUCUUGGGGGUGUGAGCUGGGAGCUGGCACUCUGCCUCUUACUGGCUUGGAUCAUUUGUUACUUCUGCAUCUGGAAAGGAGUGAAAUCUACUGGCAAGGUGGUGUACUUUACUGCCACCUUCCCCUACCUCAUGCUGGUAGUUCUACUGAUCAGGGGAGUCUCUCUGCCAGGAGCAUCUAAAGGGAUCCUUUUCUACCUUUACCCAGACAUCACACGACUCAGUGAUCCCCAGGUAUGGAUGGAUGCAGGCACUCAGAUCUUCUUUUCUUAUGCCAUUUGCCUGGGAUGCCUGACAGCUUUGGGCAGCUACAACAAAUAUCACAACAACUGUUACAGGGACUGCAUCGCUCUGUGUUUUCUCAACAGUGGUACAAGUUUUAUAGCUGGCUUUGCAAUCUUUUCCAUCUUGGGCUUUAUGGCACAAGAACAAGGAGUGCCUAUUUCUGAAGUAGCUGAAUCAGGACCUGGACUGGCAUUCAUAGCAUACCCCCGAGCUGUUGUUAUGCUGCCUUUCUCUCCAUUAUGGGCCUGUUUCUUCUUUGUCAUGAUCGUUCUGCUGGGAUUAGACAGCCAGUUUGUCUGCGUGGAAAGCCUGGUGACCGCCUUAGUUGACAUGUAUCCUGGAAUUUUCCGGAAAAAGAACCGCAGAGAAAUUCUAAUCCUUUUGAUAUCUAUCAUCUCCUACUUUGUCGGACUGAUCAUGAUCACAGAGGGUGGGAUGUAUGUCUUCCAGUUGUUUGACUACUAUGCUGCCAGUGGGAUUUGCCUGCUCUUUGUUGCUAUUUUUGAGACUCUCUGCAUUGGCUGGGUGUAUGGUGCUGACCGUUUCUAUGAUAACAUUGAAGACAUGAUUGGUUAUCGGCCAUGGCCUCUCAUCAAAUACUGUUGGCUGUUCAUAACUCCUGCUGUUUGCCUGGCAACAUUUUUCUUUUCUCUGAUUAAAUACACGCCACUGACAUACAACAAGAAAUAUGUAUACCCAUGGUGGGGAGACACUCUGGGUUGGCUGUUGGCUCUUUCAUCUAUGAUCUGCAUCCCCCUCUGGAUUGGCUACAAAGUUUCAACCAUUAAAGGACCACUGAGAGAGAGAUUCCACCAGCUUGUCUGUCCAGAUGAAGACUUGCCCCAGAGAAUGUGUCCAAGCCAUCAGCCCUUCCCCACCACUGGAACUGGGCUCUUGAUGUUGACGGAGCUAGAUUCUCACUGUUAAGAGUGAGGUGCAUAUCACUCAGUACUGGACAAUCCUGGACUCUGCUGAUGGCUAAGGAGAGAGGGACAGUGAGCUGACAUCCCUUUCCCCUUCCAAAGGAUCAGUGGUGGCUGCUAAGGAAAGAGAGCUCUCCCAGGCUGUUGUGGUGAAGCAGGUGCUGUGCCAGCUUCUGGCUGGCAGCACAUUUACAAGCAAUGACUCCAGCUGACAUUUCUUCGGGGAAUAGAACAGGAAGGACAGGACACUGGGAUGGAAAUAUUUAACAUGGUCACAGAAGAAUUUUUCUUGUGGGUUUCUAGGGAGCUUUCUCUUCCAUCUAUAAAUCAUUGUU